UUUGUACACUGUAAAAUGUCUGGACGUGGAAAGACCGGCGGGAAAACCAGAGCUAAGGCAAAGACCCGCUCAUCCCGGGCCGGACUCCAGUUCCCGGUCGGUCGUGUCCACAGGCUGCUGAGGAAGGGCAACUAUGCGGAGCGUGUGGGUGCCGGCGCUCCCGUCUAUCUGGCGGCCGUGCUGGAGUACCUGACCGCUGAGAUCCUGGAGCUGGCUGGAAACGCUGCUCGCGACAACAAGAAGACCCGUAUCAUUCCCCGUCACCUGCAGCUGGCUGUCCGCAACGACGAGGAGCUCAACAAGCUGCUGGGCGGAGUCACCAUCGCUCAGGGCGGUGUGCUGCCUAACAUCCAGGCUGUUCUGCUGCCCAAGAAGACCGAGAAGCCUGCCAAGUCAAAGUAGACCGUCCACGUACUGCA